CUUUUUGGUUGACGUGAUUGUUUUGUCCUUAGGAUCUUUAUUAUUCUCUUCAAAUCCACUGUAACAGAUAAGAUUUUACACAUUCGUGUAUUGCUGGUUGAACAGUUCAGUUACCGAUCUACAGGUACCGAGUGUAACAUGUGGAAAUCUAUAGUGUUCCUUACACUUGCCGCUAUUGGGAUAGGUUCUUACUUGAACUUCCCAACUGAACACCAUGUACCAACUUUACCGGAACCAAAUUGGGGCCCGAAGAAGGCUGCGAAAGCAUCUACCGAAAUCCGGCCUUUUAAGAUCGAUGUACCGAAAUCGGUCCAAGAGGAUCUAAAAAAUCGUCUCGAGAAUCGUAAAACGUACGUGGAACCGUUAGAAGAUGCAGCUUGGACUUACGGAAUUUCCACCAAGUACCUCAAUACGGUACUUGAUUACUGGAAGAACAAGUAUAAUUGGACCGAGAGACAAGCAUUGUUGAAUAAGUACCCUCAGUUCAAGACAAUUAUCCAAGGUCUUGAUAUACACUUCUACCACGUGAAACCGACCAAUCUUCCAAAGGAUAAGAACUUGAAAGUUCUUCCUUUACUGCUGCUACACGGAUGGCCUGGAUCUGUUGUUGAGUUUCAAAAAAUAAUACCCAUGUUAACAAAACCAUGGCCCAAUCAUGAUUUUGUGUUCGAAGUUAUUGCACCAUCGUUACCUGGGUAUGGAUUCUCACAAGGAGCUGCACGUCCAGGAUUGGGUACAGCCCAGAUGGCAGUGGUAUUUAAGAAUCUGAUGCAGAGGCUUGGUUUUAAUAAAUUUUACCUUCAAGGCGGAGAUUGGGGAUCUCUGAUCGCCUCCAAUAUGGCUGCUCUUUAUCCAGAAAAGGUGACAGGUGUACAUCUUAACAUGUGUACUGGACUUGCACUAAAAAAUUGGUUCUGGUUGCUUGUUGGCACUUACUUCCCGUCUUUAGUAGGAGGAAGCGAACAUUAUUCACUCUAUUAUCCUGUGAGUAAACAUUUCACCACAUUAAUGGAAGAAUCUGGAUACUUCCAUAUACAGGCUACCAAACCAGAUACAGUUGGAGUUGGACUAUCAUCCGCACCAGAUGGUUUGGCAGCAUACAUCUUGGAAAAAUUCAGUACAUGGACAAAUAAAGAAUACAGAUCACGAGACGAUGGUGGAUUGUUAGAAAAAUUCACACUGGAUGAACUUCUAGAUAACGUAAUGGUAUACUGGAUCACAAACAGCAUUACUACGAGUGCUCGUCUUUAUGCGGAAAACUUUAGCUCGCCAAAUAGAGCUUUGAAAAUUGACGAAUUACCUAUAAAAGUCCCUACAGCUUGUGCAGUUUUCCCCUCUGAAUUAUUAGCAUUGCCUCAGAGUCUGCUUACAGGAAGAUAUCCUAAUAUAAUUCAACAUAAUGUUUUGCCGCGUGGAGGUCACUUCGCAGCUUUUGAAGAACCAAGACUUUUAGCUGAUGAUAUUUUCAGCUUCGUGAAAAAAAACGAGGAGCUUAAAAAAAAAUCUUCAUAG